GUCUCUUAAAACCUGACAUCUGCAUCACUGAUGUAGGAAAGAUAAGAAGAGGAGGAGAGCUUUUGAUGCUGCUGCUUUGUGCAUUUUAUUUAGUUUAAAGCAUUUUGUGCAGCAUUCCUUGUAUGAAAGAUGACUCAGCACUUAACUAGACCAUCGUCAAUAAUCCCAGAACGUGCAGGGUAUCUCCACAAGAGAACCGGAAACGUAUCCUGAGAGGUUGGACCACCAGGGGGCGCUACAGAUGCAAAAAAACAACAACAGCAUGACUCAACACAAAUCAGACAGUAUAUCAGUAACUGUUUGUCCGAUCAAUGCUAAACUCACAUGAUAUGUUUCAUGCUGAUGAUGUUGAACUAUUCUGGAAUCAGUCAAUAGGGGGCGCCACCGGUUCAGAUCAUGUGCACGGGUUCAAAUAUGGUGCUAAAGCUGCAAACGUCUGUCCAAACUUCACCCAACAUGCUGGAUCUUUGUGACUAAGCUGUGAAACAUGCCGGCUGCACGUCGUCAUCAUGAAACAAGUAUUUGUUCUCAGUUCUGCUUCUUUUGAACUCAGUUCAGUUCUGCAGACUGAAUGAAACCAGAAGAAAUGACUUUGUGACGCCUGAGAGCAGCUCUCUGCUGAACCCCGUCAUGGCCGCUUGUGGCUUUAUUCUUGUUUUUUAAUCUUUCUAUUAUUUUAUCAAGAAUGUUUUAUUUUCCAUCUUAUUUCAUUCUUUGUCUAUUUUCCCCGGUUGUGAAGCACGUUGCUGCUUUUCCUGUGUGAACAGUGUUUGUUAUUGUUAUCAUAUAAUAAGAUAAGAUUAUCCUUUAUUAUAUUAAAACAAGAUAUAAUCGGACCGAAUGGUUGAGUUCACAUCGUUGCACAUAUGAAAUAUGAAAUAUAACCGCAUCACACGGUAGUAUACGUUGAUAUAUAUAUUGCACAUUAUUAUUUAUGUUGUCAGUUUUUGGUGUAUGCAUUUUUCUAUAUAAGAUUCUCAGCACUGAACGUGUGGGUUUGUUUCCUCUCAUGCAGCUUCACAUCGCCAUCAGCAAGACGAGCGCCAAGGUGGUGAUCGACUGCAGCGCCAUGGCCGAGAAAAGCAUCAACGCGGCGGGGAACAUCACCAUCGAAGGACUGGAGGUCCUGGGCAGGAUGGUCCGGUCCAGAGGGAACAAGGACAACUCGGCGCCGUUCCAGCUUCAGAUCUUUGACAUCGUGUGCAGCACGUCGUGGGCCAGCAGAGACAAGUGCUGCGAGCUUCCUGGUCUGGUGAGGUCACUUCCUGUCAACCCUCUCCUCAUGCCAGUCCACUCCAAGAACUGUUCAA